UCUCAGGUCAGUCGGGUGUGUGUGGUUUUGCCAUUCCCCAAAGGAAUGCUCAGAAAAGGAGCUGUGGAAAAGCGUCGGCGGAGUUGUGUAUUGCCCUCGCGACGGACCCGCGUCUGCCGAAUGUGAGCGCUGAGUCCAUGGCGGCCGGUCGGUGUUCCUUGUGCGCUUGUCGUUUGUUGUGGACGGACGCAGAUGGACGCUGACCUUGACAACGGACUUCGACUUGCAGCAGGAGAACCGCUCCGAGGCUUCAGCACUCUCAUCACUCCAUAGAUAGAAUAGAUAUAGCAUAGAGCUCUUUUGGGGUUAGAAAAAGAUGGCUGGCUCAUCCGUUCCACGUCCGCACAUUCCCGUUCGGAAAGACUCCAACCAUUAUGCCUUGCAGGAGGACGAUGGAGCGCCACUACAUCGGAGCGGCAAGGGCAAAGCGCCUCUCCGAGAGGUAGCUCAUCCUCCACCGCUCUCCCAACCAUCAACUCCAAUAUCCCCUAGCCAUCCCGCUUCAGCACCAGCAAGUCGGACACACUCCCCCACGACCGCCAUCCCAGAUCGACCCACAGCAUUACCCCGCCCGAACCCCAUCCCACAACCCCCCGCCAUCGGUUCCCCGCCCCCACACCCCCCCGCCCAAAUCCGCCCACGCACCGCUUCCCGCAACGCCGCCGCCACCGCCGGCGUCUUCCAACAAGCCUACGCCUACCUCCACCCCUUCGACACCGACCCCUCCCCCUUCGGCACCUCCCUCAAAUGCCAGCUCUGUCUCGAGGUCUUCGCCACCCCCAUCCGAUUGCCCUGCUGUGAAUCCCUUGUCUGCUCCACUUGUGUGAGGAGGUGGCUGAAGACUAGCAGAUGUUGUCCGUGGUGUGGUGAGGUGAUUGAGGUGGCGGAGUUGAGGCCCGAGAGGGAGGUCAAGAAGGUUGUGGAUGAGUUGGAUUGUUACUGUGUGAAUAAGAGGCAGGGGUGUGAUUGGGUUGGGCCUAGGAAGUAUUUGCUUAUUCAUGUUGCUGAGGAGUGUCUUAUGACCCCGAGAGGUAUGUAACGAUAGCGAUCGAGUGUUGGCGGCCGAGCGUAAGCGAGGGCGACCAGAGCGGACACCCCCGCGAACGACAGCGAAGCGCGAGCAA